UUGGUAGUUGAUUUUUGUUGCAUUUUUGAUCGUGAAAUAUAAUCAAAUUUGUGUAGACAAUGUCAUCGAGUGAAGACGAAAAGCAACAUUUCACGUGCCAAUCACCGGAGGUAAUUAAUAUAAAAGAAGAUUUCACGUGCGAAUCACCCGAGUUCUUUGACGAAAAACAAGAUUUUACAUGCACGUCACCGGAGUUGCUUGAAGCCGCAGAUAAUGUUAAAGUUGAAUUGCUUCCUCAACAAUCUCGAGAGCUGUAUUGGUCUACGUAUAAUGCUUUUAUAGAAUGGAAAGAUGCGAACAGAGUAAAGACCAUUUCAGAAAGUGUAAUGUUGACUUAUUUUGGUGUGUUAGCCAAUAAAUAUAAACCUUCAACACUUUGGACUAAAUACUCAAUGUUAAGAAGUACAAUAAAAAUCAAACACAACAUUAAAGUUAAAAAGUUUACACGCCUAUUGGCAUUUUUAAAACAACAGAGCACUGGUUAUGAAGCCAAAAAGUCAAAAGCAUUAACUCUAGACAAUGUGAAAAAGUUCUUGACUGAUGCUCCGGAUAAAACAUACAUGGUUACAAAGGUCGCAUUAAUUUUUGGUUUAUUUGGAGCUUGUCGAAAUGGUGAAUUAUGUUCCCUCACUACUGAUGAUGUCAUAGAUCAUGGCAAAAUUAUAGAAGUCACCUUAAAACAUACAAAGAAUAAGAGCACAAGAAAUUUUUGCAUUGAGGGAGAACCGCUUGGACUGGUUAAAGCUUAUCGAUCACUACGCCCAGAAAAUGCAACUGUGGAUAGGUUCUUUUUGACAUAUAGAAAUGGUAAAUGUACCAAUCAACCUCUUGGAAAAAAUAAAUUUGGUUCGAUGCCAAAAGAAAUAGCCAAAUUUCUUCAGUUAGCGGAUCCAGAGCAGUAUACUGGCCAUGCGUUUCGAAGAUCAUCAGCAACAUUGUGUGCCGAUCGAGGCUUUACAAUAACAGAUUUUACAACUCUUGGUGGAUGGACAUCUUCAACGAUAGCAGAGAGCUAUAUGAAAGAUUCAAUAAAUCAUAAAAGGAAAAGAAGCAGACAAAUUACUGAUGUUAUUGAGGGAACAUCGCGCCAGGAUGUAACGUCUCAACCAGAACCGAAAAGAACAAAAUUACAAUCACGGGGCCAUCAAAGGUCGCCAUCAGAUACUCGGGACUUUAAGGAAAGAACGAAAAGAGAUGCCUUGAUCCAGCUUCAGCAUGAAGUUGACAGACUUCUGGCAACAGCCCCCACUAGUGAACAGGAUCGAUUGAGUCGCGAAUUCAAAGGCUUCACUCGCCUGUUUGACAGAUUCCUUCAGGAAGAAGGACCGUCUCUAGAAUGGAAUCGCAUACAGAAAUUACCAGAAGCUGCCGUGCGGGAUUACACCACACUUCCAACUCCAGCAGAGGAUGUCAUCAAAAGCAUGCUGGAAAAGCUGGUAGUUGUAAAACUGAAUGGUGGUCUUGGAACAAGUAUGGGUUGCCAUGGUCCCAAGUCUGUCAUUGCUGUUCGAAAUGAUUUAACUUUCCUUGAUCUCACCGUACAGCAAAUUGAGGAUCUGAACAAAACCUACAAUGCUAAUGUCCCUCUCAUAUUGAUGAAUUCCUUCAAUACAGACGAGGAUACACAGAAAAUAAUCAGAAAGUAUAAAGGUUUAAACGUUGAUAUUUACACCUUCAACCAAAGCUGCUAUCCACGCAUUAAUCGAGAUUCACUUCUGCCUAUUGGAAAAAACUGCAAUAUCGAUCAAGACAUUGAAUCAUGGUAUCCACCUGGUCACGGUGAUUUCUAUGAGAGUUUCCAGAACUCUGGACUGCUAAAUAAGUUCAUUCAACAGGGUCGUAAAUAUUGUUUCAUUUCGAACAUCGAUAACUUGGGUGCCACUGUAGAUCUCAACAUUUUAAAUCUGCUGCUUAAUUCCAAAGAUGUAAUUUCACCAGAAUUUGUGAUGGAGGUCACCAAUAAAACUAGAGCUGAUGUUAAGGGUGGUACUUUAAUCCAAUACGAGGACAAGCUACGACUUCUUGAAAUAGCGCAAGUACCAAAAGAGCAUGUUGAUGAUUUUAAAUCUGUGAAAACUUUCAAAUUUUUCAAUACCAACAACUUAUGGGUUAGUCUAACCGCUAUUGAGAGAGUACUGGAAGAAAAAACACUCAACAUGGAAAUUAUUGUGAACAAUAAAAGCCUGAGUAAUGGUUUGAAUGUUAUUCAGUUAGAAACGGCUGUAGGUGCAGCUAUGAAAUCCUUUGAUGGAGGUCUUGGCAUCAACGUACCACGUAGCAGAUUCUUACCUGUGAAAAAGACCUCAGAUCUCAUGUUGGUGAUGAGUAACUUGUACAGUUUGCGCAAAGGAGCUCUCCUCAUGAGUCCCCAGCGCAUGUUUCCAACUACUCCACUCAUCAAACUUGGCGAUAAUCACUUUUCAAAGGUAAAAGAGUACCUACGUAGAUUUGCGUCAAUUCCAGAUCUCUUAGAACUGGAUCAUCUGACUGUAUCAGGCGAUGUUACAUUUGGAAAAGGAGUUUCGCUCAAAGGCACAGUUAUUAUUAUAGCAAACCAUGGAGACCGUAUCGAUAUACCUUCGGGAACUAUUUUAGAAAAUAAAAUUGUAUCCGGGAACUUACGUAUCUUGGAUCAUUAGUUUAUCGUAUAUCAAGUUUGUUCAUCAUAUGCACAAAUUGUCGUAUAAAUAUACGAGGGCUAUGAUCAGCAAGAAAAAAAAAAGUGUACAAAAUGUGUAAUGAUAAUUAAUCAUACUCUCAUUGGAUAAGUUUUAGUUGUGUAAUUUUAUUCGUUGCUUACUGUAGCAAUUUGUAAGUUUAGCUUUAUCUUAUAUACCUAUGUAUACUAUUUAUGUACAUACAUAUACAAAAUUUAAGAGUCAAAAUAUUAUCUUAGAGAUCACCAGAAGCGCUAAUUCUAAACCACUUAAAUGGACAUUAAAAAUACCAAAUACAGGCAAGAUAUUACGCAUAAUGAAAAA